AAGGAUUUUAGGAAUUAUACGAUUUCUUGCCCACAAAAAGCUUCGUUGCGUAUUAUAGCGAGGCAUUUUCUUAGCUGCCGCAAUCGCAUCAAUCUACAAUAUUCUGCGCGCAUGGCUUCUUCGUUGAGUGGUUUUGUAAUUGAAUUUAUAUUUUUCCGUGACGUGAUUUUUUUUUAAUGUAAAAAAUCAUUUUCAUGAUCGUCCGUGUAAACAAAGCUCGUCUACCCUACCAAAAUGUCGACCCGUCUCUCCUCCCGUACGCGCUCCUCUUCUUUCGGGAGCGCGGUGCACGAAGCGGCCCAGUUACGGGAAAGUUUAUUGCAACAACAGAACUUUCAACAUUCGGACCAAGCCGCGAACCGCUACGGUGUCGCAGCGAAAUCCCGGCGGUUGUCCGUCCACACGGGCGCCGCCAGUCCCUUGGUGGUCCGUGCUCACGCAGCGAGUGGUCGGGGACAGGGGCAGACGAGCUUGUUGAGUGUGCCGCCAAAUGGAAAUAUCCUCGAUGGAGGGGUGAUCUCUCCUUCCGCCGUUUCACCGAGAGGAAGCGGCGCUGAUGAGCAGCACGCAAACAAUUUCUCACUCAGGCCAACGCCGUCGCCAUUCAAUAUUGGCAGCAACAAAGUGGAGCCGAGAAUAAGCAGUAUCAGUGGAGAUAGAUUGCACCCAACAGGGUCUCCGAUAGCGAUACAAGCACACCAGGGCGCGGCAAGUCUUCUAGGGCAGCGUAGUAUUUCGAAAUCCGAAGUUCGUGGCGCAGCGUCUCCAAGAAAGACCACCACCAGCGAUGCGCUUCAUUUGCAGCUGUGGGCACAGCUGACCGCACUGUUGGGAGGGGGUGCUGAUGCCGACGUUACUGAUAAAGCGAUAUUGUCUGCUCCUGACGCCGAUGCCCGAGCCACACUUCUACCAGGCGUGGAGCCAGCAGAUGAAGCUGCCCUUCUCCCCACGUCAAAAACUACAGCCGAACUCGGCCGCUCCACGGCCAUCGCGUUUUCGUACGGAAUCAUCAACUUUGUGUGCGUUUUGCCCGUCAUCGUCGCGUACGCGCACAUUGUCUACGCGAGUAACGAUUUCGAGGAAUACAUGCCGUACAUUUUGAAAGUCGUCAUGCUGAGUUGCUGCAUCCACCAGGCCUUGUUCUCGUGGUUCAGCCGACUCCCCUUCUCCAUCGGCCAGGUCCAAGACGUCGGCUUGAUCUUUCUCGCGGCGAUUACAAAAAACGUCCAGGAGCUCGCAACCUACCAAAACGCCCUAGCAGAGCAGGCACGGACGGCGCUACUGGCAAAAGCGGGCAAUUAUCCGGGUUUACCCGGCUUGGAGGGCGGAGUUGGCAGUGCACGACCAGCAGCACAACUUGCAGCCCAGGCCUACCACCCCAUAACGACGAAGGAGAUUGUUGCGACGAGUCUCUGGGCGGGUGGGAUCGGCACGACAAUCACCGGCUUGAUUGUUUGGUACGUGGGGUAUCGGCAGUUGGUCGACUACGUCUCGUUGCUCCCCUUGCCGGUCGUGGGCGGAUAUUUGGGUUACAUCGGCUGGUUCUGCAUCGUAUUCCCUGAAAAUUGACCGUCCCCAUCCACUUUUGGCAUGGCAAGCACAUAAUUUGCUACGUGUUUUCCAUGACAAACUGGAUGGGGGAUGGUUAAUUUUCAGGGAAUACAUCGCGGCGGGGUUGACCAUCAUGUCCGGACAACAGAUCAACGCCCCCUGGACGGUGGCGCCGCUGUUCUGCGAGGAACAGGUGCCGUACUUGGUUUCCUUUGCGCUGUUUCUCGUGCUGUUUCUCUUCAUCCACUACCGGUUGAGCCACCACGUCUUCGUGAUGCCCACGGUGUUGCUGCUCGCUCCGGUCGGUUUUCUAGCCAUCGCGAUCUACGGCUUGGGGUUUACGCUAGAGGAACUGCGGGAGGAGAAUUGGCUGAGCUACCCGGCAAAGGGGCUGGUGUGGGGCCCGACACAAUACGCGAUCUACGAUCCGAGGCUGGUGCACUGGAGCUUUUUGCCGAGGCAGAUUGGGAACUUCAUCGGUACCCAUCAAUGAAAACGAAUGCUCUUUGCUGGAUUUCUGAACACUUCUCUACGCAAACCAAUAUAUGAAAAUCGCGAAAAGAAUUUGAAUCACAUUCACCUGCAUGAUGACAAACACAAAGAUCUAAAUCGCCUACCAAUUACCCUUCUCAGGUCUCACCAUCGUGGUCACCUUCGGCUCUUCCCUGGACGUAGCCGCGAUCCAGGCGGAGAUUCCCUACCGCUUGGAUUUCAACGGCGAAAUGCGGAUGAUUGGCGGCGCGAAUUUCAUUGCGGGAUUGACCGGUGGCAUGACGGGCAGCUACAUCUUCAGCCAGACGAUUUUCUCGCUGAAAUCCCAGGUCACCAGCAGUCUUUGCGGCUGGACGGUUUUCUUCUGCGAAUUUCUCCUGUGGGCGCUACCGAUCGACUUAUCCUGCGUGUUGCCAAAACCCUACGUCGGUGCGUUAGUCGCGUUAUUCGGCGUCGACAUUCUCCGGGACUGGCUGUGGAAAAGCCGCGCGCUCCUGUCCCAGAUGGAGUACGUCCUUGUGUGGCUCGCGUUUUCCAUCAUUAUGGUUCUCCAGGGGUUAAACAGCUUCGGGGUGAUUGAAGGGAUGUUAGUCGCGACGGGUCUGGCCUGCGUCACGUUUGUCUGCCUGUACAGCACCUUGCCGGUGUGGACGGUCGGGCCGCAGACGAGAUCCGGGCAGUUUCGGAGGUACAACGAGCGGAAAGUGCUGGACCGGCAGAAGCAGCAAAUCUUUGUGUGCCAGUUGAAGGGGUACAUUUUCUUCGGCUCCAGUAUGGAUUUGAGCACACGACUGCUGAACGCCGUGCUGGAUCAUUUCCAAAAGGCGGACAAGAUCUCCAGAUUGCAGUUCGGAGGAGGCGGAUCUGUAGUGCAGGCGGGGACGGGGGGCGGCGACAAGGCCAUCGUGACAUCAAGUUUGAUCCAAAAUAAUAGAGGUGGUGAGGGAACAAACAAUCCAUUUCCUGUCGCGCCGUCAAGACAAAAUCCCGAUCAGAAUCUCGCAACACACUUGCUGAACGAAGAAAAAACGGGAAAGGUGAACAUCAAGAAUCUCCCAACUCCUGCAGCAGCAACCACCGCAACACGAGCCGGACGUCCGCCGCAGCCCAGCGAAGCGGUCUUCAACGUCGCAGCUGACAACCCAGCACGAAUUUCGGUCCAAACUAGCGACUUCCCGGACGAAAGUAGAGAGAGCACGUUUGCAGUCCCGAGAAUCAGUGUGGACGACCCGCGCUAUUCCGCCAUCGAUAGCGUGGUGACAGUCGACCCAUACGGGACAACUAGGGACUCCGCCGCGCAAAUGAACCACCUGCCGAAAAACUACAGCGAAUCCAACCGGAGUGGCUCGUCGGCUGUGCUACAUGAUCCAGCACACCUUCCCCUGUCGCAGCAGCAACCGCCUUCGUCCCACUACGUCUCCGGUACCGGGGGGCUGACCGAUGACGAGUUGAUUCCAGUCAACCGGGAUGAUAAACAAGCCAACGCAAACCGAUCAGAGAAUGGCAUAUUUGAGGACUUUUCCUACACACUGCAAAUCAACACAGACGGGAAUAUUUCUAGCAGGACGACGACAAAUCAAAACGCGAUCAUGCUAGAGCAGCAGAAUAGUCCUCCUGACCAUCAAGAAGAAGAUCAGUUUUUGCACAAGCUGAAUCUCCGGUCCCCGACCUCGGAAGCGUCGUUUGUCCUCCCGACACCGAUUGGACCUGGAGCUCCUUCGCAGCCAAAAUUUGUCGUGUUAGAUUUUGAGCAAGUACAGAACAUCGACUCAACCGCUUGCGUGUCCCUGGCGAGUAUGAAAGUCUCUUUAAAAACCUCCGACGUGAUGGUCUCCAACUCGCGCUUGCACUUCGUCUAUUGCGGAAUAAGGUCGGAUUCCCUUCGGGAGCUGCUACAGGCAAACAACGCACUGAACAGCAACGAGGACUACGAGUUUGGUGCGUUGGAAGAUGCCUUGAACUUCAUCGAAGAGAUGAUUCUGAACCACCACUACGAAAACUUAAGCCUGUAUGAGGUGGAGAUGAACUACACUGGCAGUGGUAUAUUAGCAGGAGGAAGUACUACUUCUAACCCGCCGCGCUCGAGUCUUGCGGCGUUUCACAAGUCAAGAAACGCAAACUUUGCCCUGACGCUCGAGGAGAUCUUGUUGGAGUACUUUCGGCAGGACCCGACUGUGAACCCGCCGAACAUGUGGUCUCCAAGGGUGACGGCGAGCUCGACUUACCGGCCGCAAUUUUACCCCGCUUCUGCGUCUGCUGGCUACGAGCCACCGAAGCCGGUUUUUACUAGUGACACAGGAGAGGGACGAGAUGACACGACGGCAACUUCUGCAGGAGCGCAGCUAAAGAGUGCAAAGCAAAACGCCGCCAGCACGACCGAGUCGGAGUUCGUGCAAUCUGGACAGAAAACCGCUUCCUUUCCGGACGAACCAGGAGUCGAAGUUGCGUUAACCAAGGCGACGUCGAGCACAUCCAGCUCCUCAUCGCAGCCGAUGAGUCGGCAACUGCUGGUGCUGGCCGAUAAUUCGGAACUACAACAUGAGCCUUUCUCCCAAGACUACACGAGCUCGAGCACGGCGCAGCACCAGCAGCAGCAUCCCCCACUGCUGGGGAUGAAGCCGCAACACCAAAUCUCCCUCACCGAUAUCCGGUCCCACGACUUCCUAACCGGGUUGCGGCAGAUCGCCAAAUCCUUCACGGUGACCUUAACACUACCCGCGGGCGCCGUCCUCUUUCGGUCAGUAUCAAAUGCAAAAAUGUCUGGGUCUGGAAGAGUCAUGCUGUUUUUGCAUCACGCAGAAGGUCUGGCAUGGAAGCUGUAGCAUCACAGGUUUCGAAAAGCUUCCGCAAUGCCGAAUCCGCAUGACAAAUCCCCCACUUUGGUGACAGAAAGUGGGCAGCUUUUGCUACCUAUGCAUCAGAGAUUUUUCUGUGUGCUGAAAUGCGCAUCACAAGUUUGUAUUCUUCCAGACCCAGACACUUUUACAUUUGAUAGUCAGAGGACGUCUGCAACGCGGUGUUUUUCGUCAGUAAGGGUAUCCUGAGUAAAAACGUCCCCACACCAGAGUUGUCAUGCAAAUCUGCAUGCCAAAAAAGUUUCUCAUGCUGAGACGAUUCCGGUUUAUGAUCCCAGUCCCCCCUCCCACCCUUUGCUUCUGUUGCAGAAUAAGUCAAGCUGAGUCACUACGGUUGCCGCGCACAAAUUAAGCCUUUAAGUUGUCGCUGUGCCCCAGGUGGGUUGCCAGUCAGCAGUGCCAAACAACUGGUCUAUGGUUUGACAACUGUGACCCGCUCGCUUGCCUUUUUCGUCCGUGCCGCAGGUAAGGCGCAAACGGUCCAGCCUCCCCUGUCUGGGCGGGGCUGCGGCUUAGGGGAGAGUCUCGCCCCUUCACCCAAAGGGGUGCGUCGUCUCUUCCGUGAGAGCAAAAACGUAGGGCGUAAAAUGGGUCGGGUCCUGGAUCAUUCUGUAUGUUGGGCUGUCGCGCUCGGCUUGCUGGCCGGGCUGUACCGAUCAGGUGUGGUGGGUAGCUCCCGACUGGUUGGUACUUUUCUUGGGGCGACUUGCCGUGGUAGCGCUCGGCUUUUGUAUGAUGAGGUCGCCGAAAGUGCUUCCUCGCCCACCCCCCGGGGAGGGGAUCCUUGACCUGUGGCGCUGGGAGCGGGUGUCCACUACAUGAUGAUGAUGAUGCUGAGCCCCAUGAAAGGCAUUUUCUAAUCGUGUUUUGGGAUUUGUGAUGCUAUAAUCAGCAUGAUGUGCUAGAUCUGUGAUGCUGCUGAACUACCUAAACAGGAUUACAUUACAAGGACAAACGUGUCAUGCGAAACAGCCAAAGCUGGUUGAUUUGUCUAGCAGAUUUCCCAUCUUGACUCUGGUGUGGGUACGUUUUUACUCAGGAUAAAGGGGGUGGUAGAGGUAUCCGCGUGGCGCUCGUUGAAGAACAACGCGGCGAGUUUGAUCAAGAACGAUCCGACGCUAGGGGUUGCUGGUGGCGCAGGUCCGUUUGGAAAUAUUAGAGCAGGACCAGGAGGAGCUACAGCAUCUUCACAGUCGCAUCUUCAAGAUCGACAGACGAUGCCAACGGUCGUGCAACACCAAUCUACUUCUGCACGGCAGGAAACGCUGAAGUCCACGACAAUUUCCCCGACCCUGUCCUCCUGGCUCCGAACGCGUUCGAUCCAAUGCCGGCCCGGUGCGCUGCUGGGCAACACGGCGUAUCAAAUGCAAAAAUGUCUGGGUCUGGAAACUUGUGAUGCUGUGUGGCGUAUCAUGAGGAGGCCACAAUUGCUGGCUCAGCAUGACAAGUUUCUGAGCUUCUAGGUGUUGCCUAUUCUGCAUGACAAACUACGUUUCUGCAUGACAGAAAAGUGGGGCGCUUUGGUAAUGUGCAUGACAGAUUUAAGAGUCAUGCCAGACAAGCAUGACAAACUUGCAUUCUUCCAGACCCAGACACUUUUACAUUUGAUACGGCGUUUGCCUACCCCAAAAGGGAGAUGGUGUACGGGUUUGACGCGGGUUAUCCAGAAAAAAACACCCAUCCCCAUCCAAUUUGUCAUGCAAAACCCGCAUAAAGUGCAGUGUUUGUCAUGCUAAAAAUGGAUGGGGAUGGGUGUUUUUUUCUGGAUACGAGUGCGAGUGAGGAUGUAGGUGCGGUAGUAUUCAAAAUCGAUCGGGAGGCCAUGCGCCGGAUGGAGCUGCGAAAUCCUAAUUUAGCAUUAUUGCUGCACAAAGUCUUCCUUCAAGACAUGUGCUACGACGCGAUCAGAGACUUGGUUGACUGAGUGUACAACUAGUACAGCGAAAAUAAGAACCUGUAGUGCCAGCUGGUUUAAGCAGUAGCACUUCCUGUUCCUGGAAUAAAGUAGAAAUAUGCGCAGCAGUAGACACGUUUGGUUUCUAUGUUUGUACUCCAUCUGAUGCGCAGGAUUUUUUGCGCCAACCAAAUAGGUCGCAGCUGUUUUUCGUAUUUCAGAAGUGGUUUCAUCGCGUUCGGGGGCUUUAUCAGUUCUCGAUAAGACUUGUUUGCUACAGCCGAUUUCCUUGACACAGCAUCCUCCAUGGGCAUUUUACAUGAUGAGUAGAGUCUUGAACUUUUUGAAGAUGAAAGAGAAACUGGUUUAUAUGCAGCAGACAGUUUGCGUCGCUCGCAAGACAUUUUGAAAUCAGGACGAAGAAGAUUUUCGAUUAUGCAUUGAACAAAAUUAAUGAGCGCUAGCACUCGCCGCUGAGAAUCUUCAUCUCAUGAUCGCAUUUAUUCGUGUGGUCGCGAUCGAGAAUAAAAGCAGAAACACAUCAUCAGCGCAGUUUUCGCAUCACCUCUUCGUCCG